GCGGAUGUUUUGAUGUUCAACCCUUACUUGGGGAUGAAUGAUUGGACCCUCUGACUCAUAUUGUUCGGAUGUGGGUUGAAAACACCAAGCAGAUGUUGAUCGGAUGAGUUGUUGGGAAUUGAGAAAAGAAGGAGGCAUCCAGGUUCCAACUGUUGGUGCAGUGAGGGUCGAUUCGCGAGGGAGGUCUGCUCAUCUUUGGACAGCUUCCAGGGAAGGAAGCUGACUCAUGAGCUCAUCCAGGUGCCAGGUGGCAUCUCUGAAGCAAUCGAACAAAAGACGCCUGGUGGAUGGCACCUCAAACUUUGUGUGGCAUCCAUAGGUGAGAUGUGGGUCCACCUGGAUCCAUACCUAUUAUAUGCUAUUAGUUCAUGGGACGGGUUGCAGGGAACGGAAAAAUCAUGAGCUUUUCACAACAAAAAACAAACGACUAUAUCAAAUUCUAUGGGCUCCAGAUCUUCCCUUCAUCCUUCAACCACUUCUCAGAUCCACUCUGAGAUUCCACUCGUUGCUCGUUCGAAGGCUUCGAAGGGUUCCGAACGCGCGGUGGUGCGUCGUGAGGCUGCUGAGGGUGGACAUUUGGAGGUGGUGGAACUCCUCGUGGGAUGCAAGGCCAGCGUGCACUGUGCGAACCAGCAGGGUCUCACGGCACUUCAUGCGGCCAGUGAAGGGGGCCAUCUGGAGGUCAUCAAGAAGCUCCUGUCCGCGAAGGCGAAGAUCGAAGCGGUGGACCGGAACGGGCGCACGGCCAUCUUCCAUGCGGCCUCCAACGGCCAUGCGGCCACCGUGAAGCACUUGAUGCCGCUGUGCAAGAAGAGCAAGCCUGACAUUCGUGGCUGCCUACCGGUGACCAUGGCAGCGCAGAACGGGCAUUUAGAGGUGGUCUUGUGCCUCCUGAACGGUGAGUCGGAGCACACCGUCCGCACCGUCUUGCGAGUGGCGGCACUACAGGGACAUGGACACAUCGUGAGGCAGUUGGUGAAGAUGAAACUGAAGGCCAUUCCAGGCAGUGCCUUGCAUGCGGCCACUUUCAACGGACAUGUGGAGGUGGUGAAGGAUCUCCUGGAGGCUAGCGUGGACGUGAACGAAGAGGAUGAGGAGGGGUGGACUGCAGCGAUGUCUGCGGCGAAGUAUGGCUAUCAUGAGAUCUUGAAGGCGCUCUUGGGGACCAACCGCAAGGAGGCGGAGAAGACCGGGGCCUUGGCAUUGUACCUCUCCGCGGAAUACGGCCAAGCAGAGGUCUUGAAGACUUUGCUGAAGGCUGGCGUGAACAAAGAUGCAGCUGACUCAGAGAAGUGGACCGCCCUGCAUGCAGCCUGCAGCAAGGGCAAGCUGGAGGUGGUGAAAGCCUUACAGGCAGCGCGCGCAAACCUGGACCUGCAAACCCAAGACCUCACCUCAGCAUUGCACCUGGCUGUGGGCGGCGGACAUUUGGAGGUGGUGCGCUUCCUGGCAGAGAACCAGGCCGACCUCGCCGUGCACGACCAGCGGAAGAACACGCCGCUGCACCUGGCGGCGAAGCAGAACUUCGCCGCGGCCUGCGGGUGCUUGGCGUGGGCACGCGCAGCUUUAGACGCGCCCAACGAUGAGGGCAAAGCGCCCAUGCUCCUGGCAGUGGAGCGUGGCUUCUUGGAGACGUCCCGCGUCCUCCUCGAGGCACAGGGGGAGCCGCAGCAGUUGCCGCUGGCCAUGGCGUUGAUGGCGUCCACGGGAUCAACGAAGGAGCUGGAGUCGUUGAUUUGGAUCGGCAUGGACCACGACAAGACCAAGGAGAAAGAGCUCUCUGCGCUGCAUAUGGCCGCGGCGAAUGGGAACAUUGAGGUCCUGAAGUGCGUCCUUGAGGAGGAAGGCGUGGAUGUGAAUCUGGCCUCCAAGCAGGGCGCCACGCCCCUCUACUUGGCAGCUGCGUGGCAACGUGAGGAGACCUUGUGCUGCCUGCUGGAGGCACGUGCGGAUGUGAAUCAGGCCGAAAGCAACGGCUGGUCCCCGCUUCACGUGUCGGUGCAGCGUGGGCAUUUGCCCGGCAUCCGCUGCCUCUUGGAGGCCCAAGGCGAUCCCAACAAGGCCGACCGGAAGCACCGGUGCCCCAUCUACUUUGCCGCCGUCUCGGGGAACCUGCGUGUGCUAAGGCUCUUGGUCUCGAGCCGUGCCUCGCCCGACGUGAAGGACCGCCGCGGCUGGAGCCCGCUGCAUACAGCGGUGCAACAUGGACACGUGGAGGUGGCAAGAUGCUUGAUCGAUUCGAUGGCGGAUCUCAAUCUGACCACGAAACCGGGCUCCACACCCUUGGCCUUCGCCGCGGUGCACAACCACUUCGACGCCUUAGAAUUGCUCUUGCAGAACCACGCGGACCCCAACUUCGCGGUGGGCGAAGGCUUCACUCCGCUCCACCACGCGGCGGAGUUCGGUCUGGAGAAGGUGCUCCAGCGGCUCUUGAUGGCGCGCGCGGAUGUGGAGCGACGCACGCGCGAGGGUCUCACCGCAACCUUCAUCGCAGCGCAGGAGGGUCGACUUCAAACGGUGCAUCUCCUGUUGGAGGCCAAGGCUCAGCUCAACGCGCCCAAGGCGCUCACCGUACCCCCCGCCCCCGCGCCGCUUUCGCCUGCACCGACAGCACCGGCGGCGCCGGCAGCGGCCGCGGCGGUGGGUCGGGGGCAGCCGGCGAAGGCGGAGGUCGCGAAGACUCAGAUGCCGGAGGGCUGCACGCCGCUGUACGCGGCCGCGGCCUGUAAUCAUCUGGAUGUGGUGAAGUACCUCCUGGCUGCUGGGGCCGAGAAGGAGGCUCGCUCCACCGCCAGCCCCUUGUACAUCGCGGCCUACAAGGGCCACACCGCCAUCGUGAAGAGCUUGCUGGCCGCCCGAGCCUCCCUGGCCCCGCGAAGCGCGUCCACCGAAGGAUCCACGACUCUUUCUCCGCUUCUGGCCGCGGUUGAGAUGGCACACCUGGAUACCUUGCAAGUCUUGCUGGACGCAAAGGCCAACUUGGCCAAGGAGGGCAUGACGGCGCUGAUGGCGGCCAUCAGACAUGACAACGGCCAGGUGGUGCAAAAGCUCUUGCAGGCAGGCGUGCCGAAGGACAAGCUGGACGCGGGGUGGGCUCCGAUGCACAUGGCCGCCAACUACAAUGCCACUCAGGUGCUGAAAGUCCUGCUGGCACAACGAGCUCAGCUGGAGCUCGCGGGCGGCAACGGCGCCACGCCGCUCUACGUGGCGGCGAAGAACGGGCACAAGGAGGUCUUGAGCGCCCUGUUGGAGGUGCGCGCGGAUCCACAGAAGGUGCGGAAGGAUGGCUGGACGCCGCUGCAGGUGGCAUGCAGCCAGGGGCACGUGGAAGUGGUGCAACAGCUCCUGCAGGCGGGCGUCGACAAGAAUAAGGCCAAGGAGAAUGGCACGACUCCCCUCUUCUUGGCUUGCAGUCAAGGUCACUUGGAGGUGGUGCAGUGUUUGCUGGAGGCACGUGCCGACAAGGACAAGGCCUCCGAGCGCCGUGGGGCGCCCCUCCACGUGGCGGCGGCCAACUGCCACGUGAAGGUCAUCAACUGCUUGUUGGAGGCCCGUGCCAAGGUGAACGAGACCCGACAAGAUGGCUGCACGCCCUUAUUCUUGGCAGCCAGGAGUGGGUCACCACAGGCGGUGACGUUUCUGCUGAAUGCCUUGGCAGAUCAAGAGAGGUGUCAAGAAGACGGCUUGCGACCGCUGCAGAUCGCGGCAGCAGGAGGGCAUGUGGAGACGUCACGCAUUCUGCUGGGCUUUCAGCAAUACCCGAGUGAGGAGCUGGAGGAACGCAAUGUCGCUGCCGAGCGCGCCGCCGCGGAGCGCGAGCAAGCCGCGACGGCGCACGCGGUGCGCGCCGUGAGCGGGCAACAGUGGGAGAGCGCGUCGAGCAUGGUGAGCGCGGCCAUGGGCGAAUACAGCGCUGCGUUGCUGGGUCCGACCAAUGGAUCCAUGUGCCUCGACUGACCGGACUGAGCUCGGCGUAGCCAGUGUGGCAGUGUGGCAGUGGGAUGAAAAGGGUCUAGACCUGGAAGUGAGUGGAGGUGA